UUGCUUAGUGGAGUAGUACAGUACAAGUUAUCCCAGCACAUGCAAUCCCCUUCGCCGGAAAACAUGGCCGAAGAUUGGAAAAGGGCCAUCGGAGAGUUGAUUCGUGGCCAGAAGUUAACCAACCAACUAAGGGACUCGUUAAAGGACCCUAAGGUUGCCGACGAUCUACUGCGGCAAAUCUUGGGAACUUUCAACAAGACCCUUUGGAUUCUUAAUAAGUCGUCGAUCGACACCGAUGAGGUUUCCCAGGGCGCCGGCGACCCCAGCUCGCCGUGCUACGACGGCCGGAGAUCGGAGGAUUCCAGUGGUAGCUGCAAGGCUUUUGUGAAAGAUCGGAGAGGAUGCUACAAGAGGAGAAAAGCUUGUGAAACACAAAUCAAAGAAUCCCCAAAUUUGGUAGAUGAUGGUCAUGCAUGGAGGAAGUAUGGACAAAAAGUGAUUCUUAAUUCCAAAUAUCCAAGGAAUUACUUUAGGUGCACCCACAAAUUCGACCAGAAUUGCCAAGCAACCAAACAGGUCCAACAAAUUGAAGAGGAUCCUCCGUUGUACCGUACAACAUACCUAGGGAAGCACACAUGCAGGAAUUUCCAGAAUUGCCCUCAGAUCCUCCUGCAGCCCGAGGACGCCUCUGUCCUACUCUGCUUUGGGCAAAACAGUCAAAGUGACAUGUACACUUGUCUUCCCACAUUUUCUUCCUCCAUCAAACACGAAAGCAAGGAGUACAAUCCCCAUAGCAGCCGCAUCGGAUCCUCCACCUCCGACUGUUUCGUGCCGUCCGAUGCUGCCGGCCACGUGGCGCCGCUGUCGUCGGCGUCUGAUUACGGGGACGUCAUCUCCUCCGGCGGCACAAUGGAUAUGACCCAAUUCAUCGACUCCGACGACAUGGACGAUUUCCUAAUAUACUAGUACCUAAUUAUUCCUUUUCAUUUUCUCUCUUUCUUUUUUCCUUUUUAAUGUAAAAAAAAAAUGUGUAUUUUAUCUCGUUGUGAAAUGAACAAUUUGUAGUAAAGUAUUUACAUUACAAGUUGUAAUAUAAUUUGCUGUUAGUUACGUAAUUAAGUCCUACUCACAAGGCUCAAUGACAUUGUAAUAUAAUGGCACGGAGUGGUUAUCACAGAAUGAGAGGUCUAUGUGUUUAAGUUGGGGUACUAUAGACUCUUUGCAUGUAUUCUUCUCAUCUAUGUUGUACAAAAAUUUUCAAUGAUUAAUG